AUGGCUGCGAGUGGGCAGGCCUCGGAGGCUGUCCCGGGAGGCUUCGUGCUCACGGAGUCUCAGAUGGGGUGGAUCUAUUUUUCAAGGGGUUUGCCUCUCCUCACUUCAGACCAAAAGAACCAGGUCGCUAAGGCCAAGGCGCGACAUGAGAACUUUGCUCCUGGUAUGGCCAAGACAUCUAGGUCUCAGAAGAGAAAGGCCGCCCCAACGGUUGGGGAGAUGUUGAGGGUCGAGCCUUGGACGAACACCACCGUUCGAAGGAAGCAGUUUGCUCCUCGCGAGGAGGGCCCCUCCGUCCCAGUUUCUAUUGCUGCGGCUCCAGCUGCAGCUUCAAUUUCUAUUGUUGCAGCUCCGGCUAUAGUGCCUGUCGCAGCUCAGGCUGCUGCCAUCGAUGUCCCAGUACCGACCCCCCCAUAUGUCGCUGCUCCCCCUACUGCAGAGGCUCCUCUCACAGCCCCCGAGCCUUGCAUUGUCGUCCCUUCUUUAUCUAAGUGGGAGGAGGUUGUUUGA